AAUAAACCAAUCAUGGUUGUUCAACACAAUGUUAAAGGUUAUGAAGAGUUCAUCAAAUUGGUGGGCGAACUAGAAGGUUCUGGCCAGCCGAUACAUGUUUUAUUUUCCGGUGGUAAAGAUGAAUCGGGUAACAGUUGGUGUCCUUAUUGUGUAAAAGCUGAACCGGUGAUUCAUGAUGCCCUGGAAAAAGCUCCUGAGAAAUCACAUUUUGUACACGUUGAUGUUGGUGAACGUAGCUACUGGAAGGAUUUAAAUUGCCCAUUCCGCAAGGAUCCCAACACACAUUUGAUCUUCUUGCCAACAUUAUUGCGUUGGAAAUCACCUCAACGUUUGGAUGGUGAACGUUGUUCCAAUAAAGACUUGGUAGAGAUGAUGUUCGAAGAUGAGGACUAAGCUAAAAA